CAACGGCGGCGGCGGCGACGAUGCAUUGGUCCGUGUGGUGCGGUGUCGCGCUGCUCUGUAGCGGCGUCUUCUGCGCUGAGAAUUGCGUGGACUUUCAUGACUGCAAGACCUGCAAUGUCAACGUCACAAAAGCCAACACGUCUUGCCAAUGGCAAAUCUGCAUCGGUGUUUCGGAAGGAUGUGUGGCAAAUGUAUCAGCAAAUUGUACAGAGAUGAAUGAGACAAUGUGUGCAGUCCCUACAAUGUCUACACCUGUACCUACGCCUACCAAAUCAACGCCAGCCCCUGCACAUACAACUGCAGUUUCAACCCCUGCUUCACCUACCAAUUCUUCAAACACUACUUCAGGGGUCACUGUAGUUACUCUGACACCCAAUACCACAAGUCUUACUACUACACCAGGUACAACAAACGGAACUACCACCGCACCCCCCUUGCCACAUAGGAAUUCGACGUUUGACGCUGCAAGCUUCAUUGGGGGGAUCGUCCUGGUGCUCGGACUGCAAGCUGUCAUCUUUUUCGCUGUCAAGUUCUGCAAAAGCAAGGAUAGGAAUUACCACACGCUCUGAGCACGUUGCUGUUGGACUGCGGAGUCCCUGCUAUUUGCUUCUAUCGGUCUGCUGUGUGAGGAUAAUGUUUUUGGGGGGAAAUGGCACACCACUCUUCACAAUUAGCCAUAUCUUAAUGGGCGUACAUUGUUUAACUUUGAUUUGAUUCUUUGACUUGCUAUUUGUUAAACAGGGAUGUAUCUUUAACAUACCCACACUUCUUUUAUUAUUGGGCACAUGGAUAUAUUUGGGGUGGGGGGGAGAGAGAAAAGUGCCAUGCCUUAAAUAAAUGUGGCCUUAUUCCUACUCAAUAUUUGUUCUCUGAAAAUGGGCCGCCUUGAUAUCAAACAUUCUAAAUUCAUGAAGUAUAUUCUGUUUAGAUUUUUCAGUUAAAAUGGUUGAUUUACGUUCUGGAGCUACCAACAUGGAUAACUGGCUGGAUAAUUCAGUGAGUGUAAAUGCUUUUAUUUGAUGGAGUAACGGUGUUUUGUUUUUUGCCUUGUGUACAUCGGACUCGGUUUAUUAGCCUCGUCAACGUGGAAGAUCCAGAUAAAUUUUAAUUUUGGGCUGUUUGCACUAGAUCUAGGUUCCACUGACCACUUCAGUUUACAUCGAGUAAACUCUCUCCACUUUCCACACACACAGUGUAGGUGAUCAUUGUAUGCCUUGCAUGAAUGGACUGACAAUGUUAUUCCGUGAAGUUCACUGGAGAUUUGGCAACUCCUUGUAGCUUCCGUGACUUCUUUGCCAUUGCUCAUAUGAUAUACUGCGUAUUAUGGUACUUUCAAUAACCUCUGCUUUAUGAAUAGCAUCUGCCUUCUAUUUGCUCGCGUUUGUAUAAAGUGGUAGGAAUGGGACACGAGGGUUUGAUUUACAGUCUGGGCUGUUGUCGUCGAUGUUGGUAGCUCUUGGAAUAUUUAAUGUGAAGAAUUCAGUAGCUUAGCUUGAAAUUUGUUCUGUUCACGUGAAGAUCGGAAGACAAUCAUUUCAGGUUAAAUUUUAAGAUCUUGAAAUGUGGUAUAAUAUUGCUGUUAAUCCUGAGGUUGGUCAUGUUUAAUCUUCUAAAUGAUUUCAGUUGUGUAAAAUAACUUCUGUUCGCGCUUUCAGGUUGGGACGGUAUGUUACUGAGUCGUAAGGGAUUGACUUAACUUCAGUGUUAACCUGGAGAGAUAUUGCACUUGAGUGGUCAAAGUCACAUUUGAGUAUCGCCAAACAGGUUACAGAUAUUUGGUAGCCAGUGGAGAGUAUUUUCUUUUGAAUGGUGGCAGAUAGUCGAGUCUAAGUGCAGCCUCCCAGCCAUCACGCACCAAAACCCUCUGCUUUUCAUAGCUUUGCAAAGUAGCGCCAAAGGUUAUAAGGGUUGUCCAGCCCAUGUGGUAUCAAUUAGGAAGUUGGGUGGAUUGUGACUAAUUAGUUCCUGGAGUAAAAAAAUUAGCAAAACUUGAAGCUCUGAAAUUGCACACUCGUGUCAAACCUCCCGUCCACCUUCCCUCCUGCUAGCUAAUGAAGUGAAGGUCAACCAGACGGGUGUCUUUGCAUCUUUUAAUAUAGCAGAGGCGCCAAUCCAUUAUCUGGAUAAUCAGAGUAUUUUCUGAAUGCUUCAGGCAUGCGAAUAACAAAUAUCUAAACUGACGUGGCAACAUCCAGGCUAAUGCCCCCUUCUUCUAGUAACUUGUUCCCAUUGCUGCACUUGGAGUGUUUUUUUGUGUGUGUGUGUGUGUGUUACUUGAGACCAAAGGGACUGUCAAUUUUUAUUUUAUGCAGCUUUGUACAUCUUUUAACAACCCUGUCGGAUUAAGUUAUGAGUGAAGCCUAUUUGAGUGUACUAAGAGUCUGGAGAUUGCAAUCAGCUAUUGGGGGUCUGAUCAUCCAUGUUGCUUUUUCACCCGCUUUAAUGUAUUGCACUGAAAUGUUCACUGUACAGUACCUUGUAGAUGUACCUGCAGAUUAUCUCGCUGUCAUCCGGGUAUGGGUGAUCAGGAUUUGCACUAUAUUGAGGCUUGAAUUGGAUUUGGAUUAAAGUGCCUUAAAGGAGAACUUGCAAGCCAUUAACUUUAAGUAUGGCCAAAAAUGUAAUUGGAGGAUUGGGGGAGGACAAAUGAAGAAAAAAGUGUAAUUUUAUAAAGUGUUUUGGAAGUGCUUAGUUCAGACCCCCAUGCUCUUCACUUGCCAAAGUGUGACGUAAUGUGUAGAACCUGAAGCAUUUUUUUGGAUGCCUGCUUUACCCUGAUAUGGUGGGGUGUCUAAACACUUCACUAUCUUAAGAACAGAAUGCCUAACCAUACCAACCAAUAAAGUUCAUGUUUUAA